UUAACAUGGUAUUCAGAGCCAUAGUCCAAGCGGAAAGAAUCCAUGGCAUUCCACGCAAUCGGUUCUUCCUCGUCCGCUGCAUCAUCUGCUUCAUCGCUCAUUUUUCCCGUCACGGAAAAAUUGACACGCAACAACCAUCCGAUGUGGAAGCUGCAAGUGUUGUCAGCAUUGGGAGGGGCGCAGCUUGACUCGUUCAUCGAGUCGACUGCGACGGCGCCGGAACCCCUUCUGGAACCGGUGAAAUCUGAAGAACAGAAGGAGGCACCGAAGCCGAACCCUGAGUAUGCCUCUUGGGUUGCGAAGGACAAGCAAGUCCUUAGCUUCAUCCUGAUGUCCUGCUCCAAGGAGAUACUGGGGCAGAUCCCAACCUCGAUCAAGUCUGCACGAGAGGCGUGGACGGUGAUCGAGGGAAUGUUUGCCUCGUAGAGCCGUGCGCGUGUCAUCGCAACGCGUAUGGUGCUGGCGACUGCGUCCAAGGGGUCAUCCACCCUUUCGGAGUACUUCGUGAAGAUGAAGGCGCUGGGCGACGACAUGGCGUUGGCCGGGCGAAGGCUGGAGGAUGAGGAACUAGUUUCCUAUAUCCUGACCGGACUUGAUGAAAACUACGAAGCUGUGGUUUCCACGGUCUCUGCGCGGGUUGAAUCUAUCUCGGUAAGCGAGUUAUACACUCAGCUCAUGAGUUUUGAAUCUCGCAAGGAGAUGAAGAACGCCGGGAGUAACUCUUCGGUGAACACCGCCACACGUGGUGGCAAUGGAGGAAACUCGUUCGGCGGUCGCAAUGGCGGCGGCCAUGGAGGGGGUCGAGGAAACGGCAGAGGCGGUGGACGUGGUGGACGCGGACCGAACUUCCAAGCUGGCGUUGUCUCCCAGCUCUGCGGGAAGGAAGGGCAUGCCGUCGUCGACUGCUGGAAGAGAUUUGAUCAGUCAUGGACUGGUCCUCCUCGAAAAAGCAUGUCAUCUACAACCACUUCGUAUGGUGUAGAUACGAAUUGGUAUAUGGACACGGGAGCUACAGACCAUGUCACCGGGGAGCUAGAAAAGCUCACCAUGCGUGACAAGUACAAUGGCCACGAGCAGGUUCAUACUGCAAGUGGAUCAGGACCGGGACACGAGGAGGACGGUGCUGGAAGGCAAGUGUGAAAGAGGGCUUUAUCCUCUUAGGGUCAUCAAGAAUAAGCAGGCGCUGAGUAUCACAAAGGCACCCACCUCAUUGUGGCACUCUAGAUUAGGUCACCCUGCAGCACCCGUAGUUCAGCGAGUGCUUAGUCAUAAUCAGAUUUCCUUUGUUAAAGAGUCCAAUAAAGGCACAGUGUGUGAUGCCUGUCAGAAGGGUAAAAGCCAUGCGCUUCCAUACCCAAAAUCGUUUUCUACCUCAUCAUCCCCGUUGCAGCUUGUAUUCUCAGAUGUUUGGGGACCUGCCCCAUCAUCUGUCAGUAGUGUAAGUGCAUUCGCCCCCGGUGUGGGUUUUGAUAAUUAAUGACAAUC